CUCGUGAGGUUAACCCUCCCAACCUCCCCUCAUGGCACUCUGGAUUUCCCUGCAAAUCCUCGAACAUACGGAGAGAGUGACAAGCAUGUGACCAAUAUGUGACCAACUUUCGCGCCAAAAGAUAGGGGAAAGGGAGACAACUGGGCGCGACCCUCCACACCUUCACAAGUCCAAGUGUUAGCAGUGGGUGACACGUCGGUGUCACUACAGUGGGUCUCAGGCUACAACGGUGGAGCAAACCAGACGUUCAUGUUGAAGUACAACUCAGAGACACACCCAAAUUGGUCAAUAUGGAGAGAUGACAUCAAUGAUCCUGGAAGAGGGACAUUGGUCAAGGAAGACGUCCUUUCGCUGACACCGGCCAUUACCUACCAGUUCCAUUUAUACGGAGUCAAUGUCUACGGUGAUGGGGAAGGCGUCACCAUCAUUACAACUACAUCAUCGUCCGGUAAAUUUAGACUAGCUGUAGGCCUUGGAACUGCUGCUGGAGCCAUCGUAGUCAGCAUCCUGGCCAUCGGCUGCAUCUUAUUGAAACGGACUUCAGGAAAACGUGAGAUAACCAACGCACCUGCAGGUGAGACAUGUGACAAUGUGUAUACAGAUUCAGUUCCACAGACGCAUUGUCAGGAUGCUGAAUCGGGUCGUGUAGAAAUGGGGAGAAAGCAAUGGCCGGAAGAUGCAGAAACAAACCUCUAGUGCAACACAGGAGAGCUGACCAGUGAGUCCAUUUACAUGAACACCCUAUGACAAAACAACGUGCAGAUUACAGAUCUAAGCUGCUGUUGAUUUCAUUAGAUUUAUAUUGCAUGAACUCAUAAUAUGAUAGUUUAGGUGCUUUUGUAUAUUCCCUGUGAUAUAUAGUUGUUGAUACUGUUGAUUCAGCAGAUGUGUUGUUCAUAUACAUGUACGUUAGAAUUGGCGUUUCCAUGGUGAUGCCAAGAAACCAUCUACUUGAGUCGGUUUUGCUUUGCUUGUAAUGUAUACAGUGCACUUUGUAGCAUGAAAUUUGAAUAUUAGCAUGAGUCGUUAGCUAUAAAUAUACCUGAUGUAUGUAAUGAUAGUAACAAAAAACAAAUUAAUCAAGUUUGAAAUCAUUUAAAGUCAAGUCACAUAUGGGGUAGCCAUUGAGGUUCGCUUGUCGUGACGAAUACCCGGGUUCGAUUCCCCACAUGGGUAUAAUGUGGGAAGCCCAUUUCUGGUGUUCCCCGCCGUGAUGUUGCUGGAAAAUUGCUAAAAGAGGCGUAAAACAAACUCACUUACUACUCACUCUCAGCGGAUUGACUACUAUAGAAAUAUUCUGAAUAUAUUGAUUAACUCUCAACUGAAAGUUCAGUUGGAUUCUACAACUGAUUUUCCCCCAGUCAUACAUCCAAAUCCAGCGGUCUUCAUUGUUUAUUCGAAAACUUUUGAACUUUUGAUUCUGUCAAUAGAAUAUAUGGCAUGUGUUAUAUCAUCACGUUUAUAAAGUUUAAAAUGUAAUUCAGGACAACAACAGCUGUUAAGAUACUAUAAGUAGGCUGGAAAACGUCCAUGUGAUGAUAUCGUACUGAAAACCUAACAUGCUACUGACCACUGAUGGAAUGAUAUUAUCUUUAAGUAUGAUCAAAAUCAACUCAAAUACUUAUUCGCAAAGCUAGAAUUCACUUUGUCCUAAACAACCGUUGCAGAGUUUCUGUUCCACCUUUCUCUUUAAAUGUGUGAUUCUCAGAUAAAACCUGUAUUUCAUGUAGAAUAUUGUAAUGGCGUUGGCAAAUCCUCUACUGCUGCAGCCAGCUUUAGUUAAUGUGUCGGUGUAACCUGUGUUGUUAUUUCCUAAACACAAGAAUUGUAUAUUUAUGCUAACGUACGUGUGUGUGUGUGUUAUUUUAUUUUAUUUUAUUUUAUUUUAUU